GCAUUACCAAACUCAAUAAAUCACUGAUCAAUAACUGCAUUGUCGAAAUGCGACUAGCUUGCAAAUUUACGGAGUAUUAUUCAACGUAUGUAAGAAUAUAAUAACAGAAUCAGUUCGCCACAAUAGAAACAUGAAGCAACUACAACAUCUGCGUUCUUCUUGUCCAAAGAAACAAGCAUAUUAAAUCCGCAUUGAUCCAUCAAAAUGAAGCCGAAAAACCGGCGAGUUCGGGCCCAGAGGAAGUUCGCACAAGGAGCUUACAUCCCUCAGCUCAACCUGAGUACUGAACGUCGCCGGGACAAUCAAAAUAAAGAAGAUCCACCACCCAGCUCUGUUGCUAUGGUACAUAGCAGUGUCGUCAACACAUCAGCUAGGUCGCUUUUAGAUAUUGUCUCAUUCAAUAAUGUGCAUAGUCAUGACCAACCGAUCGUAUUGCUUGAAAGACUGUCAUCCCCUGUUAUCCCCAGUUCAAGCAAACCAGUUGUAAAAGAGAAAUCUGUAGAAACAAACAAUAAUUUAUUCAAUGACACUUCAAUUCCAAAGGAGCUAACAGUUAAACCACAUAAUAUGACUUUGAGAGUCAAUCAUAAACGGAAUGAUGUCUUGAUUGGAACCAAACGAAGUCCGUCUAUAUCUCAGCCAAAUUUACUCCCGCCGCUAAGUCGUAGUCCUACACCCAGUGUCAGUACACUAGCAAGCUGCAGCCCUCUACGCGCUCGCUCACUCCAAACCAGUCGAAGUCAGCGUCACAGCUACAUACCUCGAACUAGCUUUAGUCAACAACACAACAGUCGUCCUCGCCACUGUCGAAAUCUAAUACCCAAAUGUAGUAGUAUUUCUCAACCAAUCCGAAAACAUUCCACUCGUAAUAUCCAACCCAAUCGUUGUGCUCAACCUAGCUGUAGCACGCAGGCCGCCCGCAGUGCCCGGCCACGCCGCAAUAUCCAGUCCAGCUGCAAUAAAGAAUCAAAAACAAAAACCCAAACUGUUCAUAAUAAGAGAAAAACGUCUUCGAAGAACUUCAAACCCCAGAAAAGGCGCCGCCUAGGGCACCUUCCUUCUUCAGAUUUCAGUGUGGAAGAUUGCAAACCACUUACGUACUUUGCUGCAAACGGUUCUGGAAACACGAGGCAGAUUACUCAAGAUUCUAAUGAACAAGAAGAUGCGUGCCCUUCAAGUCCAUUAUUACCAUCACAUCAAAAAUUUAAUAAAAAAUCAGUCUUAACUGAGAACUGCAAGGUGUUGUGUUCUAAUCAAAAUGUGGAACUGAAAAGAACAGACAAUGGUAAACCAGAAAUACUAGUUCCCAAAUUAUUCAGAAUACCAGAAAUACCACAGCAAAAUAACGAUAUUGUUUCUGAUUCGGAACAAAACAAGGAAACAAGCAUCGAUACUAAUCAAGAAACAUUGGAUAAAGUGGAAGUUGAGUCGAGUGCUUCCAGCCCCAUGUUAUGGUCUACACAUUUUAAACUCAACCAAGCCGACUAUAUUCAUGCCAACAUUGUCGACUCGAUAUUGGCAAGACUCGAUAGUCCUAUUCCUGGAGAAACCAAAGAGGCUACAAAUGUGGUUGAAAAUGAAGGCUGCUCUACGCCUGAGGCCAAUAACCAUGAUUAUGUCGUUCAAGUUGAAAUAUCAGAAAACAAAGAUGAGGACUUUAAAGACAUUGAAGAGAAUUCAUUAACUAUUGAAGAGAAUUCAUUAACUAUUGAAGAUCACAACAUCAGCAUUAAUAGUCCUCCACGCGACCAAACUGACAAACCGAAGGAAACUGGCGAAAUAAACGAUAGCGAAGUGUUCGAAGAUACUAAUAAUAAAGAAGACACAUUACUUUGUGAAAGUGAUGGUAUCGAGAAACCUACAAACUCAGAAAAUUAUACGUCAACAACAUGUGAACACACGUCCAAUUUCCACACAUGCGCACGGUGUUCAAUAUAUAAAAGGUUGAACUCAUUUUCAAGCAAACUAAAAACGGAGGUGGAGUCUAUUUGCAUUAUUGAAGACGACGUGUAUGAAUUCGAUGUUGUAAAUGAAGAACCUACACAAGUUGUGGAACCAUAUAACUCCAAACAAAAUAGAUCUUCAACUUCCUCGGCAAUUGAUACGAAUAGUUUGGGUAGUGUUACGAUUUCUGAAACUUCUGAAAAUACACCAAGUUUAAAUGACACUACACUGGAACAACAGAAUACAUUACUUCAGAACGUUUCGCACAUAACUACGAUGCCUCAUGAUACAUCCACGAAUGAAUUACUCACGCCAGUAUACGCUGAAUCUCAUACAUCAACUGCGCCUGUUAUAUCUACGAGUGCCAUCAUCUCUUCACCACCACCAAAAUGUGUGGUGUAUUCUUCACCUAUAGCAUCUAUUGCAACCACAAAUGCUAUGAUGUCUAUUUCUUCUCCCGUAACUUGUCCCUCUAUAGCCUUAGGACGAAGUGAGUCACACGUAUCUACGAUAUCUUCCUCAAUCAAUGCACCAAUUGGACAAACCAUAAUUGCUCUACCUAUUAUGUCAAUUAGCUCGAAAAUCCCCGUUAUGGUUAAUCAACCUAAAAAUCCCGAUUCUGGUCAAUCUACUAAAAUAAAAGGUAAGGGUAAAUCUAGACGCCCCAAAAAACAUAUGCUGUCUGAUUCAGUGAAUGGAAAUUCUCAAUCAGCAACACUUACAGAUAUGAAUUCAUCCAAAAAACAUUCGUCGUCCAUUACAAGAUCUACACCUUGUAAACCUAGUCCGAUUGCACCUAAACCAUCGAUGCCUACCUUACUCGCUAUGUCCAGGGGGACCGUUCCCUUAUAUUCAGUACCUGUGGCAGCCACUAAAUUUACAGCAACCACCCCACUGUUUGGAAUUAAUUUGGCUGCCAUCACUGUUCCAAUAACGUUACAUAGCAGUACUGCAUUUGGUCCACGUAGUACCUCAGAUACUGCAAAUGCUAUUUUUACUGCAUCUAAUGAAUUGGUGAAGUCCACUGAUGCAUCCAGAACUUCCUCUGACGCUACAACAGUCACUAAUAUUAGGCCAACUAAUGAAUCAACAGAAAUUACUACUCCCACAGCAACUUCCACUGUUAAAGAUGUACUUUUAUCACGUGCGGAACCCGUUGAAAAUGUUAUACUGGAUAAUGUUACGGCUCGGAAUUCCGUCAAAGGAAAAGAUUCGACCUCAAUACAACUUGCAAAUCCAAUUGCAGUUCAACCCGCAGUGCCUACCACGAUACAACCCGGACAACGUGAUUCGCUGACCGAAUGCUUAUCCACUUUACAAUUAAUAGAUAGAACCGUAGCACAACCUGUAGAUGCAGCUACUGUAAAUACUGAACACCUGACCAUGGUAAAAGUCGCAGAUUCCACCGCUGUACAUCACACGAAUCCAACUAUCACGCAACAUGCAGCUCCGAACACAGUACAACCUGCAAGUUCAACCACCGUACAAAGAGCUGACCCAACGGUAGUAAAACGUGCAGAUAUAAUAGCCAUAAAACCUACAAAUACGAAUAUAGUACUACCUGCAAAUUUGGCUGCUAUACGAACCACUAAACGUACAACUGUACAAGCUGCGUACUUUGAACGAGUAGGACUUUUAGCACUCAAGCUGACAAGGCCUACACUUUCAAUAGCAUCAACGAAUACUAAAGCCGUAGAAUCCGCAGAUCCGAAGCUCCAACAAUCCGAAAAUAUACAGUCAAUAAAAAAAUGUACUUCUGAUCCUGUAGGAUUUGAAACCGCCGUGACUAUCAGUCAGGACUCUGUCAAAUCUGCGCAUUCAAGUACGGUCCAGUGCUCAAUUUCCAACUUGGGAACACCCGCCGAACCUAACCCAAGUAGUUCAUCUGACCUUAACCAGGUAGAACCCGCAGCUCUUGAUUUUGAACAACCUGCAGAAUGUAACUUAGUAGCGGCCGUAAAUUCUAGGCAGGUCAAACUCGCAGACCAUAAUUCAGGAACGCUCCCCAAACCUAAUUUAAUUGCACCUGCAGAUCCUCCGAUCGAACCUGUUGAUCGUAAUGGGUUACCACCAGCCGACCGUAAUGUGCUACUCCCCGCAGUACCUGGUUUUGCAGCACCUGCAAAUCCCAAUUUAAGGGUGCCCGAGAAUCCUUUAUUGAUAGAACCUGCUGCGGGCCCAGACUUAGGGCCUGCAAAUGCUGAAUUGCAAGGACCCGAAAGACCAAAUAAUGCUUUGUUAUUUAUAAACAUGCCUCAAAUGACAAAUCACGCUAUUAAACUUGUGAAUAAUAAUGAUGGCGAACGAAUUUGGUCUGCUAGAGUGAUAGACAAGCAAAAAAAAAAUGAACCUGUUUUUGUGGACCUUACGUUAGAUGACGAUGAUGUAUCGAUGGAUAAUUCUACAAUAAAUAGGGUUAUGGAGCAUGAAGAAAUAAAAUGUGAAGAUGAUGAACAUGAGCAAAAUGAGGUGUUACAGCAUAAUGCUAAAGCAGAUGGCUUAAUGAACAACGAAUUACAAGUAGAUGCCGAGGUAAGCAACAACCGUGAACAAAGAAAAGACGUCCAGAGUCGGUUAAACAUCGUUCAAGAAGCAAACCCAUCACAAUGUCAAUCUAAAUUAAAUGAUCGUGUAAAUCUUCUGUGUACGUCAAGUUUAUCUGAAAAUUUAAAAAUUGCGUCUGUUAAAUCUUCUGAACCUAAGUCUCGGAAUGUAGCCAUUGAACAAGUGGCAGCCAAACGCAAUAAGUCAGUAGCAACCAGUAUAUCAUUGGAUGAUAUAUGUGAAUUACCUAAAGCAAAAGACGCAGCAACAAACACAACACCAGCACCAAUGGAUCGAAAUAUAAACAGCCCUACAACUUAUUCUUCAGUUCCAAGAACUCGUGAAUACAUGAGUACCUCUCGUGAUUACCUUGUCUUUGAUGGCGAACCUAUUCCAAGUACUUCACGCGAUUACUCGAGCCAGAAUGGUGAAUCUAACGCCUCUAGGGGUUGCUUUAACUUCAACGGUGAACAGAUGCCGAGUAACACUAGAACUUACUUCAGCUUGAAUGGUGAGCAAAUACAAAAUACCUCUCGAGGCUAUUUUAGUCUGAAUGGUGAAUCGACGUCAAAUAACUCUCGAGGCCGCUUCUUCUUAAAUGGUGAAACUAUGUCGAGUUCCUCUUGCGGUUAUACUAGGGAAUAUGGUGAAGCUAUAUCGAAUACCUGUCGCAGUUAUAUGAGCGUGAACGGUGAACCGAUACCAAGUACUUCUCGCAGUCAUAUUGAGACAAAAGGAGAAACCCUAUCGAGUACUUUUCGGGCUAACAUUGGGAUAAACAGGGAACCUCUACCGAGUACUUCUCGCGGUCACAAUAACAUAAAAGAGGAACCACUGCCGGCUACUUCUCGUGGUCACAUUGGAACAAACGCAGAAACGCCACCGAGUACUUCUCGGGGUCAAAUUGAGAUAAACAGGGUACUGCUACCGAGUACUUCUCGCGCUCAUAUUGGGAUAAACGGUGAACCGCUACCAAGUACUUCAGGCAAUCACAAUAGGAUAAACGAGGAACUGUUACCGACUACUUCUCGCGGUCACAUGGGCAUAAACGGUGAACCGCUGCCAAGUACUUCUCGCUGUUGUAUUGGUGAACCGUUUCUGAAUACAUCUCGUAGUUACUGGGUUGUGAAUGGUCCAUCAGUAAGUGCAAGAAGCUCCCGCGAUUAUCCGUGUGAACCCGUUCUAACCAUUUCUCAUGAUCGAAGCAAUGAUAACAGAAAAUCAAAGCAAAUGAUUUCUCGUGACCAAAGCUGUGAAUGUACAGAAUCUGCACCGAAAACUGUUCAGGAUCAAAGUUGCGAAGAUACAGAAUCUACAAUAAGAGCGUUUCUAAUUAGGGAAUCAAACCUAAUGAGUUCUAGUGAUGAGAGUUCGGAAGACAUACGUUCUACACCAAACAACUCUCUUGAUCUAAAUCACGGUAAUAAACAGUCAAAGGAAAAGUUUUCUCGUAUUCAAAACCACGAAAUUACAGAAUUCAGGACAAGUGCUUGUCGCCAUGAAAUAAGGGACGGUAAAACAUUGAAACGAAGAACUUCUCGUCACAAAAGCGACGAAAAAAGACCAAGUCCUUAUUCUAAACAAAGUGCUGAGAAAAGAGGGCUGGUGCCAAAUACAUAUCGUAAUCAAAGUGGCGAGAACAGAAUACCUCUCCUAAGUACUGAUAAACGAAGCAAUGAGAACGAUACACUGAUGCCGAAUACUUUUUGUGAUCAAUGCUGCGAUAUCCGAAAUUCAAAACAUGGGAACACUCAUAUUGAAAUAGACAAAAAUAAAAAAUCCACAAUAAGAACUUGUCGUGACCACAGCGGGGAGAAAAGAGUACCGAUACCAAGUAAUCAAAUCAGAGAGAGUAAAUCAUUUCUGCCCAGCACUUGUGAGCGAUCCCAUGAGAAUAGAAAAUCAACUCAAAUAAAUUCUCGUGAUGAAAUCGACGACAGUACAACAUUCACGUCUUGUGAUCGUUGCGGCGAAACCAGGAAAACUAAUCCAAAAACAUCAUGUGAUAAAAGCUAUGAAAACACAGAAUCAACAACAAGCCUAACUAAUGAUCGAAGCGGCGAGAAAACAGUACCAAUGCCAAGUAAUUAUAAACAAAAUGCCGAGAGUAGAUCACACGUGCCAAGUACUUCUUGUGAUCAGUGCCGCGAAAACAGAAAAUCAAAACGAAGUAGCUCUGGAGUUGAAAGCACAGAAAAUACAGAAUCCACGUCAAGUACAUUUAGUAAUCAGAGCGAAGACAUAGAAAUCCCUAGUACUUCGCGCAAUCAAAGUGAUAUGGCUACCGUGCUAAAACCUAACGAUUACUGUGAUCAAUGCAGGCACACAUGUAACCGUAAUAGGAAGUCAAAUCAAACAAACUCUAGUGAUGAAAAUUCUGAAAAUACAGAAUCCAUACUAAUCGCGCUUCGUGAUCAAACCGGCGAAAGCAGGAAAUCGAAACGGACAUCUCGUGAUAAAAGUUGCGAAUACACUGAAUCCGACCGCGAUAUUAACCGCGAACCAAACGGGGAGAACGCAAAACGAAAACAAAUAUGUUAUCGUAAUGAGAGCACUGACAACACAGAACUCACAUCAAGUGUCACUCGUGAUUGCAGCGGCGAUUUAAAAAAAUCAAAUCGAAAUAGUUUACGGGUCGUACGCGGCGAAAUUGGAGCACCCACUUCAAAUACUCGCGAUCAAAGUGACUCUAAUAAGAAGUCAGAUCGCAGGUUUUCUGGCGACCAGAGUGGUGAGAACAUAGUACGAACGCCGAGUACGUCCUGUGCUCACGGUGGUGAAGAUUGUGUGUCAACACCAAGUACAUCUAGACAUCAAAGCGAUGAGGAUACGGAAACUGUGCCCAGUACUGUUGUUAUCCAAACUGACGAAAAUAUAGAAACAGUGCAAAGUGAUCAAGCAGUUCAACUCAACAACAGACCCGCCACUCUACUUAGAUUUCCGAGGGGCAUCGAAAGAGCGAAAAUCGUAGAUGCUCCUAUAUACUAUCCUACACUAGAAGAAUUUAAAGAUCCAAUUACAUAUUUCGAGAAGAUCAUGGCGACAGCUUCGAAGUACGGGCUUUGUAAAGUGGUCGCUCCUGAGGGAUUCAAGCCUUCGUGCAACACGAGCGACGACAUCAGGUUUAAAGUAUCAAACCAGUACAUAGCGCGUAUGUACAGUCGAUGGGGACCAGCGCAGCGAGAGAUAUGCGCGAUCAAAGCGUACUCGGCCUUACAAAGCGUUCCCUUCACGAGAGCACCUUUGCUGAAUUGUAUGGAGCUCGACCUUGCUAAGUUGUAUCACUUAGUGCAAUUCAACGGGGGUCUUAAGAAAGUUAUCGAAAAGAAACGUUGGAUCCGCGUCGCCGAGCAGAUGCGUUAUUGCAAGAACCCGCAGCAAGUGAAGAAACUCGAUAUAAUCUACGUUAAAUAUUUACUGCCUUAUCACACACUAUCGCACCAAGAACGUCACGAUAUGCUCAGUCAAGUGGAACGGUGCUGGUUAAAGAAGAACCAAAGGAUGCUGGACAGGGCUUUUAACCCGCUGCACCGGCAAAAGCGACUGCUGGGCGAGUCCGACUCGUCGACUGAUGACGAAGACGACGACUACAAUGUGUCCUCCGCUCUCCAAGAGGCCGAGGACUGCGUCGUGCUCGGGAGGAACAUGAACCUCGCCAUGUUUAAACAGAUCGCUGCUAACAUAAUGGAGCUUCACUUCCCCCCCAACGGAGACCCUCCCACGCUGGAGAACGUCGAGAAGGACUACUGGCGGGUGGUGUUGCUCGGCACGGACCACGUGUGCGUCAACUCGGCCUCCAUCGACACCGGCAACGAUGGUUAUGGCUUCAGCAAGAACAAGAACGACGCCUUCGGGAAGCACCCCUGGAACUUAAAGAUGCUGAGUCAAAAUCCUGGAAACGUCCUACGGUCUCUGGGCUCUGUGUUAGGCGUUACUGUGCCAACUCUGCACCUCGGGAUGGUCUUCUCGACGAGCUGCUGGCACCGUGACCCUCAUGGUCUACCCUGGGUGGAGUACAUGCACACCGGGCCUGGCAAGAUAUGGUACGGGAUACCGAACGAUCAGAGUGACAAUUUUCGUAAGGCGGUCGAAACCCUGUGCCCCACCUCGUGCCAGAACAAAUCCAUAUGGCUCCCGUCGGACAUAGCCAUGAUCCCGCCUAGCCUGCUGCGAGAGCACAACGUGUCCUUAUCCAGGGUCGUCCAGAACCCGGGAGAGUUCAUCAUAGUGUUCCCGAAGGCCUACUCUUGCUCCAUAGCAACUGGCUUCACGAUAUCAGAGAGUGUUUACUUUGCAACCAAUUCUUGGUUAGAAACCGUACACCAUGUUUUCCAGGAGCUGCGGGAGAGCUGCGAGCCGACCAUGUUCUCUCUGGAGCACCUGUUGGUCAGCAUCGCGAAGGACAGCCGCUCCUCUCUCAGGAUCUUGCAACGCGUGUACUCGAACCUGAGCCCGAUCGUUCGAGACGAGCUCGAGUACCGCAACGCCUUGUUGAUGAGGGGCGUCAAACUUGCCGAAGACGAUAGCCCGGCCCGUAAUCAGAAUCGCAGGCGGCGGGCGGGCGCUUGGAACGUACGUGAACAGGACGAGUGCGAGAUAUGUAGGACCACCCUUUACUUCUCAAAGGUGGUGGGUAUAACGAACAAGCGUUCGGCUGUGUGUAUCCUACACGCGCUCCGCUUACUCGAAUCCGUCAAGUACGGGAACAAAGACCCCUCAAACUACGAGAUGGUACUGAACUUCUCCGAUAAAGAUCUCAACGAGUUAUUGCUCAACGUACAGACACUAUUUACUAGAAACUAAUCAUUUUUGUUUUCUUUAUUUUUUAUUUUUAUUUUUUAUUAAAACACAUUUGAUAACUUUUAGAGUAAGGUUUAGUCUACAUUUGUAUUCUCCUUUCAGUAAUCAUUUUUGUUUUCUGUAUUAUUAUUUUUAUUUUUUAUUAAAACACAUUUGAUAACUUAAGUAUCAGUAAGAGUAAGGUUUAGUCUACAUUUGUAUUCUCCUUACAGUAAUCAUUUUUGUUUUCUUUAUAAUUAUUAUUUUUUAUUAAAACACAUUUGAUAACUUUUAGAGUAAGGUUUAGUUUAUAUUUGUAUUCGCAUUUCAGUAUCGUAUGUGAUAUGUUCAAGGUAUUUAUAUGCUUAGUAUUUUCACGCAAUAAAAAUGCAAAUACCCAAAAAGUAUUCGAUUACGGUUUGUCUGACUAAGUUGAAACUUAAUUCAGUUGUUAUAGAGCUCUUAUUAUUAUGUAAAUCGCUUUUUAGAAUAUAUUUUUUUCUUUUUUGUGAGAAACACAUUUGAUUUCGUUAAUUAGAUUAGAAUGAGUUAGUGUUAAUUGUUUUGAAAACACACUACAAGGGAUCAGGGUAUCCUAUACAAUUUCGAAGUACAUAUAUCGUAAUAAAGUAAAUCUCGAUAAUUUGAAAAUUAGGUUAAUAUUUUUUUAAAUAAACAAAAAUUUUACACCAAAAAAUAUCAAGAAAAUAUUUCGUUAUUUUUAUUAUUAUUGCAUUUACAUUCGUUCCCUUUGAGCAAUUAAUGUCCUCCUUUCUUUGCCUUAUAACAAAAAAAUGUAAAUUUACUCUGAGAUUUUGUCACAAAUGAAACAUACUGUAUGACCUCCGCGUGUAGUUAAUUAUAAAAGUCUGGAUAGAUUGUUCACUAGUUUACAAAUAGUGAUUAUUGACAUUAAUUUCUAUGAUGUCUCUCAACAUAAUUCAAGUAAGUGCUCUCAGAUGUUGAAUGUUUUCUCAGCAUUUGUUCUUCGAUUUUAACUAAUACAAUAGACGAAUCAAUAUGUGUUGCACUCAUAAGGGCUGAGUCUAUGAAUCACUAGGAAAGUGUUUUUCUAUAUGUGUUUUUUAAAGUAAGAGUAGAAGACAUUAGGACUAAUGAUAUUCAUGGUUAGUGUUAGAUUUUUUAUAAAGAUCUCAUUCAUAUUUCUCUUUUACUAUUUAAUAUAUUAUUAUUAAGAAGUACCUUUUUUUAAGUUACAGGAGUAGUUUUGUUUUAUUUUUGAGAAAAAAAAAACUAUUGUCAACAAACUUUGGUGAUUCUUUGAUUGUUGACUGUUUUUCAAAACGACACGUCCCACUUUGUUGAUGCAUUAUCGUAGACUUUGUGAGACAAUAGGUCUAGAUGGCCGAAACGUCGGCAAUAUAAGCUUUCGUGAAAGUUGUGUUACAUUAUAUUAUAAGCAUUUAUACUUAGAUUUAAGGGUUUAUCUUGUAAGUUUUUUGAAUAUAUUACUCAAAUUGAACGUUCAUUUAUAUUAAUGACGUAAGUCCCGCGAAAUAGAAAAAUGGCGGCAGUGCUCUACUAGGAGAAAACUGAAUUUGAAACAUUGAAACUUCCCAAAGGGUCUUGUCUUCGUUUAAAACUUAGUACACGAAAUGUUUUAGAAUUCGAUUAACACGGAACAAACAUUUUUCUACGCAUGCUAAUAUUAUGGUUUUUUUUUGUGAAAAAUGUAUCACUUACUUUGAUAUUAUAUUACAAAAGAUUAUGUAAAAAAUUAAACAUAAAAUUUUGGAAACACGUUUAUAAAAUAACGAAUUAUCGUUUCGGAAUUAGAUGAAACCGGUUUUUGUGUCUAUUCUGGAAAU